CAGUUGCCUUGAGGUCGUGGACCAUAUACCAACUACAACAUUCUCAAAUUAGAUACUAAGAAUUAAAGUACAGUUAAGCAGGAAAACCAUGGCGGGUGGUGGCUUUGGGGCCUCAUCGGGAGGCGGAGACUUUGAAGCAAAGAUCACGCCUCUAGUGAUCAUGUCUUGCAUAAUGGCCGCUAGCGGAGGCCUCAUGUUCGGUUAUGAUGUUGGUAUUUCAGGGGGUGUUACAUCCAUGCCUCCUUUCCUGAAACAAUUCUUCCCGGUUGUUUAUAAGAAGACUCAAGAGACUGGACUUGAGAGCAACUACUGCAAAUACGAUAAUCAAGGCUUGCAGUUGUUCACAUCUUCCUUGUACCUCGCUGCUUUAAUUGCCACCUUCUUCGCGUCGUACACAACCCGAGUCCUGGGCCGAAAGCUAACCAUGUUUAUUGCUGGGGUUUUCUUUGUAGUCGGAACAGUUUUUAAUGCUGCAGCUGUUAACCUUGCCAUGCUUAUCAUAGGGAGGAUCUUGCUUGGUUGUGGAGUUGGUUUUGCUAACCAGGCAGUGCCGCUUUUUCUUUCGGAGAUUGCACCCACAAGAAUUCGCGGGGCACUUAACAUACUCUUCCAGCUAAAUAUCACCAUUGGCAUUCUUUUCGCAAAUCUUAUCAAUUAUGGAACUGCCAAAAUUGAAGGGGGAUAUGGAUGGAGAGUGUCACUAGGUUUGGCUGGCAUUCCGGCAGGUUUGCUGACUGUUGGGUCUCUCAUUGUGGUAGACACACCUAACAGUUUGAUCGAACGAGGUAAGUUGGAGGAAGGAAAAGCAGUUCUUAAAAGGAUUAGGGGUGUUGACAAUGUGGAUCCAGAAUUCUUAGAGAUUGUGGAGGCAAGUCGUGUGGCACAAGAAGUGAAGCAUCCUUUCAGAAACCUCCUUAAGCGUAGGAACAGGCCUCAGUUGGUCAUUGCAAUUUGGAUGCAGAUUUUCCAGCAAUUCACUGGCAUUAACGCAAUCAUGUUCUACGCUCCAGUUUUGUUCCAGACCUUGGGAUUUAAGAGUGAUGCUUCCCUCUACUCAGCUGUUAUCACAGGAGCUGUCAAUGUCCUCUCAACCGUUGUAUCAAUAUACUUUGUCGACAGAGCUGGUCGGCGCGUGCUAUUGUUAGAAGCCGGUGUCCAAAUGUUCCUUUCUCAAAUGGUGGUUGCAAUAAUAAUGGGACUCAAAGUGAAGGAUCACUCUAACAACCUUGGCCAUGGCUUGGCAAUUAUUGUGGUGGUUAUGGUUUGCAGUUUUGUUUCAUCCUUCGCGUGGUCUUGGGGACCUCUCGGGUGGUUGAUACCUAGCGAAACGUUCCCAUUAGAGGCCCGCUCAGCAGGCCAGAGUGUGGCUGUCUGUACCAACAUGCUCUUCACCUUUAUCAUAGCACAGGCCUUCCUCUCAAUGCUUUGCAACAUGAAGUUUGCCAUUUUCCUCUUCUUCACAUUUUGGGUAUUUGUCAUGACAAUUUUCGUUGUGGUCUUAAUUCCUGAGACAAAGGGUGUCCCUAUUGAAGAGAUGACAGAAAGAGUUUGGAAGCAACACUGGUUCUGGAAGCGAUUCAUGGAUGACUUUGAGGAUGAUCCUAAGGGCAAGUUGCAUGCUUGAACUAUCUGAAUUCAGAUAGUUUAUUAUCUGCUUGGUGGUUUAUUAGAUUUUAUAAGUUCCCUUAAUUUGAGGCUUAAGAAUUCUUCUUUGGUUCUAGUAGCCUCACAACACGCCCUCUCUGCUUGCCAAAUAAUCUGCUAAUUUAUUUUCUGAGAGGCACUAUUUGAACAAAAUGUAUUCCUGCAGGCCCUCUUGGAUUACAUUCAUUCUUUUGAUUUCGUUUAUCAA